CUAAUAGCUACAAUUAAUACUGAAAGUCGGUCGCACCCAGAGAAAUCUCCUAAGCAAAAUAACUAAACGUCGUUAGAAAAAAAAUUAUUACGCAGCUACCAAGAGAACUAGUACUAGAGCAGGUACACGAAUGUUCAUGUCAAAGAAUUAAGUUGUUAAAGCCUUCGAAACUCAAAAUCUAACAACUCGAUCAAUUCUUUCUUUGCCAGUCCUUCAUUAAAAAGGCACAAUCAUUGUUUACAUCUGAGAACGAUUAUCAGAAGACAUUUGCAGUAAAGAACUGUUUUAAUUCAGAUACUUCAACAAUAUUUAUCAUCUUUUAAAGACUAAGGAAACUUUUAUAAAGAACGGAUAUAACUUUAUUCAUAUAAAUCUAUGGUAGAAUUACUGUGAAAUAUUUUCAGAAAAGCUAAUAGCAAAAUUUCAGUAUUUCAUUGUCUGAAAUAUGUACAAGCUGAUUUUGCUUUCUAAUUAAUCUUGAACAAAUUUGCAAAAGAGUUUGCAACCUCUUCAGAUAUUAGAAAAGAUAACAAUUCAUAGAAAUGUAGAAGAAAUAUUUAUUAGGAAUAAAAUACAAAACAAAAAAAAAAUGUCUAUUAAAUGUGAUGAGGGAGGAAACAUUAUGGAAAAUGAAUUAUGUGAUGUCAGUGUUAACUGUAAAAGGAUUGGUUUUCAUGAUGAAGUACUGAAAGAGAUUAGAAAGCCAUCGUACCACUGUGAUAUUUGUGGUAAAACAUUCUGUGCAAAUGGUGACUUAACUAAGCAUAAACGUAUUCAUACAGGAGAGAAACCAUAUCACUGUGAUAUCUGUGGUGAAUCUUUCUCUGAAAGUGGUGUGUUAACUAGACACAAGCGUAUUCAUACUGGAGAGAGGCCCUAUCACUGUGAUAUCUGUGGUAAAUCAUUCUCUCAAAAAAGCCACUUAACUAAUCACAAAUAUAUUCACACAGGAGAGAAGCCAUAUCACUGUGAUAUCUGUGGUAAAUCACUCUCUCGAAAUAGCUUAACUACUCAUAAAUAUAUUCAUACUGGAGAGAGGCCCUAUCAGUGUGAUAUCUGUGGUAAAUCAUUCUAUCAAAGAAGUCACUUAACUACACACAAAUACACACAUACAGGAGAGAAGCCAUAUCACUGUGAUAUCUGUGGUAAAUUAUUCUCUGAAAGAUAUAGAUUAACUAGACACAAAUAUAUUCAUACAGGAGAACAGAGAUAUCACUGCAAUAUCUGUGGUAAAUCCUUUGCUGUAACUAGUCACCUAACUACUCACAUACGCAUUCAUACAGGUGAGAAACCAUAUCACUGUGAUAUCUGUGGUAAAUCAUUCCCACAAAUAAGUGAAUUAACUAUACACAAACGCAAUCAUACAAGAGAGAAGCCAUAUCACUGUGAUAUCUGUGGUAAAUUAUUCUCUCAUAGAAGUACCUUGAUCAACCAUAAACGCAUUCAUACAGGAGACAAACCAUAUAUCUGUGAUAUUUGUGGUAUUUCUUUCUCUCAGAUUGGCAACUUAACUAGACACAAGUAUAUUCAUAUAGAGGAGAAACCAUAUCACUGUGAUAUCUGUGGUAAAUCAUUCAAGCAAAAAAGUUGUUUGACUACACAUAAAUCUAUUCAUACUGAUUGAAGGCAUGUGACUGAUAUCUGUGGCAAGUCAUUUUCUCAGAAAAAGAAAUCCCCUAACUAUACAUAUAUGUAUGAAAACAGGAGAAUACCACUGUUGAAAAUCGUCCCUUGAAAAAAUAUUUUUUACAUAACCGUAAAUGUAAAUACAAAAGGAAAAACAUUUAACAGUGUAAUAACAACUUUCCAUAACUACAUUUUUAUGUCAAUUACAUUCAUCGCUUAUCAUUGUGAUAUUUUUAUUUAAAGCAUUUUUCAAAAUAAUCUAUAUUCUACUUAAAACAUUUCCAGAAGGGGAAGAAAUAAUAUUGACUUAUUUAACAUUGUAAGUAAUUGAGAAAUGUAUUUUCAUAUAUCAGAUUUAAGAUCACUGUACAAUUAUUAUAUUAUGAAUAAAUACACAAACCUUAAAAUGUAUUUCAUCAUACCAUAAUAGGAUAUAUGAAUGAGAUCUUAUAUAUAUUCAUAUAUAAAACCAUAAGUUCAGGAGAUGUGAAAGGUGAAUAUAUAUUUAUUUAACCAUGUGAUUUCCAUUGGCUUAUGGUUGUUUCACAACCUUCUUCAUGUAUUGAUUUCAGUGUGAAAGGAAAUAUGCAUACAUGUUUGCUUUAGUAUGUAUGUCCAACAUUAUACAAUACAAUUGUAUAUUCACAAAUUUUUGCAAAUAAAGAAAGCUAGCUCAUCAGAUCGCUGGAAUCAUGGUUGCACCACCCAACUAUUCAACUCUAAAUAUACACAAAAUUUUUUCAUAUAUAUAUAUAAUAUAAAUAACUAUGCAUAUAUACAUACAUGUGUAUAUACAGAUGCAUAUAUGGGCACAGGACACCACAGAACAUAAACAACAUGAAAUAUGAAAACAUGGAAUAUGAACCUUUUUGUGAACAACGGAAGAAACAAAUGGAAAACAAGAAAAGCGGCAUAAAAAAAUGGCCCUUCACCAGUUGUCAGCUGUUUUUCUACUUCCUAUUUCAAGCAAUUCACAACAAAAUACGUUUUCGAUAAAACAGUUGCUCUUGCAAAGCAAAUUAAAUAUAAUUUGGGAUUUUGUGGAGGGUCAAAGUUGGUAACAAAAACAGGACAGUGAAAACAAACAGGAAGGGCUGUUAAGCCAGAACAAAGUGAGUUGAUGAACGAGGAGGAACAAGCUCUGACUGGAGACAAACAAGAAUGCAUCUUAUCCCUGCAGCUGAUCAGAAAGAAAGAAAUUCAAGUUAGGAAAAGAAAGAUGACCAAUGGUUACGUGUGAGCAACAAGAGAACAAAGGCAGAAGAGUGAGAGGGAUAGACGGAGAACAGCGAAGGGGAGAGGAAAAGAAUUAGAGAAAGGAUGAGAUAGAGAAAAAAACGGAAGGGGAGAUAAAAAAGAAUUAGAAAAAGGAAGAUAAAUAUAUAUAAAUGGAUCAAUCUGUGUGUGUUUUCUAUGUAUAUUUAUGUGUGUAUGUGUAUAGUUUUUGUUUUACUCCAGUUCACUGUGCUGGAAAGUAUGUUUGAGGUGUAGUUGGAAUAUGUAAAAUUCAUGAAGGUUCAAAUGCCUUCUGUGAGGUUUUGUGACUUUGUUAACCCUGUAUUGAAAUUUAUUUUUGUUGAAUACCAUUUCUUGGUUUUACUUGACCUGCCAUUCAUCCAUGAUUUCUGUAGAAUCUUUAAAUUUCCAGCUGUUUUACUCAUCUACAUAAUUGAACUAAAAAUUCAUUUAUAUUAUUAGUUUUUUUAUAUACUUUUUUAUGUUAUUUAUUUUUACUUCGUCUUAUUUUCUUUUUUGUUUACAUUAAGCAAUAGUCAGUUCCUUAAAUUUUCAUCUAGUGCUUUAACUUACUUGAUAUGAAAGGAUAUAUCUUUACUUUUACUGACCAAAUUAAACUUUGUCUAGUUUCAGCCUUCCAUUGUAUAUAUAAAGAGGAAAUUUUUGUGUAUAUAUUUAGAGUUGAAUUGUUAGUGUAAACAUGAUGUUCCAGUGAUCCAAUGAGCUAGUUCUUUUUAUUUGCAAUAAUUUAUAAAUGUGCAAUUGUAUUAUAUAAUGCUAAGCAUACUUAUUAAUGCAAACAUGUACACUAAUUUCUUCCAUGUUUAAAUUAAUACUACAUAACAAAGGUCGUGAAACAGCCAUAACCCUUUGGAAGUCACAUGGUUAAAUAAAUAUAUAUAUUCACCUCUCAUAUCUCCUGACUUUAUAACUUUAUAUUUUCUUCAUGAAAUAAUUUCAUCAACCAGAUCUGAAUUUUCAGUUACAUAGACGCUCUGCAUUAUAUUUCUUUGUAAUUGAUUGCUAUGUAGACUGAUAGCUGAGUCCAUAACAAGAGCUUUCUGUGAUAGCUGCACUAUUCUCUGAAUCCAUAUCUUAUAUUAUUCAUGUGUGUGUGUGUGUGUGGAAAGCAUAUGUUAAAUGACAUAAGAAAUUUUCGUGCUUUAGAUUCUUUCAUAUAUAUAUCUCAUGUAUAUUAUGAUUUAAACUUUGUUUUCAAUCAAUGGGAAUAUUCUGUUACUUGUGAAAUCUAUUUAAUUUUAGCUGUAGUUUUUCUCCUUGGAAUGUAGCAGAAGUUGUUCUCUGCACAUUUUCAGUGUUUAUUGCUCCUGAGCAUCUGUCACAUACAAAUACUAUCUUCCUGGUUUGCCUUCCUUUGAUAUUGCUGCAUCUCUUAUGUGUCCAUAGCUUACACUGGGUACAUCUUCUAGAGAUUCUACCUUCACCUUUUCUACAGAUCGAGCAAGGCCAUCUACCUGAAGGGAUUUGUG